UCAUGGUGUUUAUUAAUGGUUGUAUCUUACUUUGUUUUUCCAUUUUACGGUGUAGGCAGUGAUGCAAUUGUUCUAGGGGCAGAGACUUUGCGGGGAUUAUAUCCUGUGGAGACUAUUUCCACUGUUGGAAAAAUUUGUGCCGAGGCAGAGAAAGUUUAUAAUCAAGAUAUUUAUUUCAAGAAGGCUGUCAAAUUUGUGGGUGAGCCAAUGACUCAUUUGGAAUCAAUAACUUCCUCUGCGGUUCGGGCAGCCAUCAAGGUUAAGGCUUCUGUUAUUAUUUGCUUUACUUCAUCCGGAAGGGCUGCAAGGCUGAUUGCCAAGUACCGUCCAACCAUGCCUGUGAUAUCUGUUGUCAUUCCUCAACUAAAAACAAAUCAACUUAGAUGGACUUUCACUGGAGCUUUUGAGGUAUUUAAUUGAUAAAUGGAUAUAAUUUGUUU